AUGGGCCCUGAAGAAGAGCAAUUAAUAUGCCAUCAAGAAAAUCCACCACUUUCAGAGCUCUAUCAAGCUAAUCUUGCCAGUGGUCUUAUUUCAAAGAUAGCUAAAGUAAUCUUGUACACUUUAUUUAAGUACUCUGUUAUGGCAAUGGCACACUGUAAGCAUAUUAUGAUCAACACCAAUAAUAUAAAGCUUGUUCUUGAUAUCAGUAUCAAAAUCAGGUCAAACUAUUUCAGUCUAAUUGAUGCAUUUGAUUGCCCUGCCCCUGCUACCACCACUCACCACCUGUGUGCUGCUCCUGCCCUACCAACUACCACUGCCAUCACUCCACCACCACCACCAUCACCCAUCACCACCUUCCUGCCUUUCCCUGGUGCUGUCAGGGUCUCCACCCAUCAAAUAACAGGUAUUAGAGCUCCUGUUCAGUUCACAAAGCCAGUUCUGGAGAAGCAGAAGAAGAAGAAGGAGAAGAAGAAGAAGAAAAAGAAGAAGAAGAAGUGA